AUGGGAACGAAACUCAAGAAGAGCAACGCCGCCAACAUGGGGCCCAAAGAGCGCAUCGUGAAGAUUACCCGUCGUUUGGAGCAAGAUCAGUUGGGGCCCAAGAUGAAGGCCAAGCUGCUAGCACGUCUGGUCAUGCUGCAGGGACUCGCCGAGGGCUUUGCCAAGGAAGGCAAGCAGCCAGCUUUUCCUGGGUUGGCCAUGCGCUUGGCUAUCAUCCAAGAAAAGCUGAAGACGGAAGAAGAUCCAGCUCGUCGUGCGGAACUGGAGAAGCGCAAGGCCAAUGUACAAGACAGGCUGGCUCACAAGCAGCAGAUGCGGGCCAACAAGCAGUGCCAGAACAUCAAGCGACGCUUGUCCAAUAUCGAGGCCAAAUUGAUGAAGGAGAAAGACCCCUCAGCUCGUGCUAACUUGGAAGCACGCAAGGCUAAAUUGGAAGCCAAGUUGGCAAACAAGGAGAACAAGCAGGAUACCAGUCGUGGAGUAGUGAGCUCGGCCGAUGAUCAUGAGCAGUGGAUGAAGGUGGAUGUCCCGAAGCCCAACACUUCCUUCUCGUCUGCCGAGGCUGGAGCAAGUGCACCCAAGGUAACAAACAACGCAGGAGAAGACCAGAAGGAAGAAGAUGUUGGCAAGCUUGAAGUUGACGAGGAACUGAUUGCUGCCUUCCCUCAGGUGACCAAGCGGUUGACUAAGAUCACACUGAAGUUGAAGACAGUGAAGAAUCCUGACAGGCGCAAAGCUCUUCUCAAUCGCAAGGCCAAGGUAGAAGCCAAGCUUGCAAGGAAGCAGGAGAGCCUCAGAAAGGAAGCCAAACAAGAGGACACCCAGGUGACACAGCGUUUGAUUAAGAUUGCCCUGAAGUUGAAGACUGUAACCAAUGAGGGUCAGCGACAAUACUUGCUCCAACGAAAGGCAAAGGUUGAAGCCAAUCUUGCUAGGAAGCAGCAGCAGCUAAAGAACCGCGCUAUGAAAAGAGGCUCCUUUCCUGGAAUCAACAGAAAGUUGGCAAUGAUCGACACUCAAUUGAAAUUGGUCAAUGAUGAUACCGAGCGUGCAGACUUGGAGAAGCGCAAGGUCUUAUUGCUGCGCAAACGGAUGGAGAAGCGCCAAGCGAUGGAUGCUGGCCCUGGAGGGCACAUCUCUUGUCAAUUGGAACGCACACAGGCGCUCUUGGUGGAAGCAACCACUCCUGAGCGUCAAUGCUCCUUGGAAUCUCGCCUCUUGCACUUUCAGCAACGCCAGGAAGAGGCUUCCCCGUCUACGCUCUCUUGCGCCCCUUAUGAUCCUCGCCGCGAAAAGCAGAAACAAAAGUUUAUCCAAAUGGAACAGAAGGCUCGAAGCAACAAGAACGAAAAGGCUUUGGAUCGUAUUGCUUUGCAGCAAGUCUAUGUCGCUCAUUAUCCGGACCCCCAGCACUAUGUGUCCGCCUUUGGUGGAAAUAAGUCUAUCAAGAAGCGCGCGAUUCUCAGGGCACAGGCUCUGGACUUGGCUUCUUUUCCGAGCAGGGCGGUAAAACCUGGAUAUGCCGCCGACAUGUACGAACGCUUGCCUCAGCAGUGGAGCAUGGAUGACGAGGUUGCUACGUUUGGUGAUAAGCAGCAACAGAACCAGAAGAAUGUCAAGAAGAGCGCAGCAAACAACGAAAGCGAGGAAGAUUUUGUUGCUGUGUGCGCGGAAGAGGAUGUUCUGAGCUUGGACGACUUUUCUGAAAAGUUCUUGCCCGACUAUGGGCUUCGCGAGUCUGGCGUCUUGGAAGAUGGUUUCGAAAAGGUACCUUUGCUUGACGCCAAAGCGAUCGAAGACGAGGGCUGGAUGGAAGUGGACGCCAAGGAGACUGAUCUUCCCGCGGUCGCCAAGAAAGCCAACAAGAAUGGCAAGGAGACUAGCGAGAAGCACGGUUAAGGCGUUCUCGGAUUCCAGGCCACGCAAGAAAUGAUGGCUGCGCGUGUUUUUUGCAUGUAUUUUGAAUAGACAGAUCCGAUUCAUGGAAUCAGAGCCUAGGCAUCUUCCGAAUUGAAUUCAAAGUCGCAACAAAUAAGUCAAAUCCUCCCCAUCCAGUCUGAAACUAAACUAGUAAACAGCCAUCAAGUGCUUGAGAGAAAUCACCGUUCCCAAUGAAACUCGUACAGCUAUCCAGUAUGGUGAUUGGCUUUGCUCGAUGCUUGAGUGUGUGCCUCCCGCAAACACUGGAUGAGGCUGGAUUGCGGCUGAGAUCCCUUCGCAUAGUCCGAACCCGCUCGAUUGAGCAAUUCCUUGCAUGAUCCGUUGACUUUGCUGACUCAUGUCGACCAGUUGGGAAAUACAGACGAGGAGGGCACCUGAUGCAUGCAUCAUUGGAUGGCAUUGCCUUGUUUGUCGUUGUCGUAGUUUUUGACAAUGACAAUCUCGUCGUCCGGGAACCCCGCCUCUUGCAAGGGUAAAUGAGCGUUUUGGAUGAUAUUGUCGAGUAGCGUUUCUUCUCCCAUUUGUGACACUGUCAUCCUUUGCAAGGUGCAGCCAUUUGUUGUCUUUGUCCUCCUCAGACAAAGGACAAGCCUUGGAUGGUUCGUCUUUGUAGACACUUUUGGUGGGAUUGCUCCCCGUGGAGAGUCCCACAAGAUAGUGGGGCUCAUGAAUCUCGCAAAUGGCAAUAACAACGGUUUGUUCGAGAUAGGCGGCAAUCUCGACGAGCGUGUGGAGAUUUCCUGCAACUGAUAAUCGACCACGAUGACUCCCUUGAAAAUUUUAGCGGAAAAGGCAGUGUCGUUUAUUUCCAUAUCGGCCAUCUUGUGGUAUUGGUACAAGGGCCUGGAAGAGGUGGUCCCAAUGUUUCCAUCCGAGAAAAAGGUGUAUGGAUCUGAAACAGUGGUUUCUGUAGUUGUCGGGCUUGCCGGUAAAAGGCACGAUACCGGUGAUCGUAGUUGCGGCUGCGGUAGACUCCAGUGUGAGUGGUGUUGCAAAACACUUGGCCACCACCGCAUUGUGCGUAGGUCCACUAAUGACGCGGUCGACGGGUGAUCCAUCCGC